CGCCCCUUCACGUGUAUUCACUGCUGCAGGAACAACACUCGUUUCUAUUGGACGGUUGUUGCCAAAUUCACUGACAGCAGGCAGAGAUUUUGAAAAUGGUGAUGUGACCACGGACAAGGGACGGGCAGUAUGGAGGGACGCGCGGAGAUCGGUGCGGCUAGUAAUGAAAUGGAGGCAAUAGGAGAAACAGGGGAAGGUCUGACAGGAGAAGCUGCCGUGGAGGGAAGCCAUCUUUACAAGGAGGACCAGCAGCUGGUGGUGGCCGUUCCAUCAGUAGUGAAUGAGGACCGCUCCAGGACACCGGAGGACACUCUGAAAGGUCAGACAGGAGAAGACAUGGCUAUGGAGGGAGGCCAUCUUUACAAGGAGGACCAGCAGCUGGUGGUGGCCGCCCCAUCAGUAGUGAACGAGGACCGCUCCAGGACAUCAGAGGACACUCUGAAAGGUCAGACAGGAGAAGACAUGGCUAUGGAGGGAAGCCAUCUUUACAAGGAGGGCCAGGAGGUGGUCCCUUCAGCAGUGAGUGAGGACCACCCCGGGACCUUGGAGGACACUCUGAAAGGUCAGACAGAAGACAUGGCUGUGGAAGGAAGCCAUCUUUACAAGGAGGACCAGGAGGUGGUCCCUUCAGCAGUGAGUGAGGACCACCCCGGGACCUCGGAGGACACUCUGAAAGGUCAGACAGAAGACAUGGCUUUGGAAGGAAGACAUCUUUACAAGGAGGACCAGGAGGUGGUCCCUUCAGCAGUGAGUGAGGACCACCCCGGGACCUUGGAGGACACUCUGAAAGGUCAGACAGAAGACAUGGCUGUGGAAGGAAGCCAUCUUUACAAGGAGGGCCAGGAGGUGGUCCCUUCAGCAGUGAGUGAGGACCACCCCGGGACCUCAGAGGACACUCUGAAAGGUCAGACAGAAGACAUGGCUGUGGAAGGAAGCCAUCUUUACAAGGAGGACCAGGAGGUGGUCCCUUCAGCAGUGAGUGAGGACCACCCCGGGACCUUGGAGGACACUCUGAAAGGUCAGACAGAAGACAUGGCUGUGGAAGGAAGCCAUCUUUACAAGGAGGACCAGGAGGUGGUCCCUUCAGCAGUGAGUGAGGACCACCCCGGGACCUCAGAGGACAAUCUGGAGGGUCAUACAGGAGAAGACCUUGUGAUGGGUCAGGAUUGGGGCAGUGAGAGUGAUGUCCACCAGGCUGUGGAUGAAACGCUGGACGACCAGGCUAACCUGGAGGACGAGGGUCAUGGACCACCAGCCAAAAAGACCUGCCCUGACCAGACAGACCCAGUGUGCGCUGAGUGCCAGGAGGAUGUUGAGGGGGCGUCACAUGAGGAGGCGGAUCCUGUGCCAGAUGCCGAGACCCCAGAAGAUGCCUACAGUCCAGCGCAGUACGACUUCUCCCAGCAGCCGUGGGCUCUGACGGGCGCCUGGGCGGAGUACACCAGUGUCCCAGAGAACUUCCUGAAAGGGUGCAAGUGGGCUCCGGACGGAUCCUGCAUCUUAUCCAACAGUGAUGACAACAUCCUGCGGCUUUAUAACCUUCCUCCAGAGCUGUACUCUGCUGAAUGGGACCUACUGCAGGAGAUGGGGCCGGUUCUCCGUAUGUCGGAGGGAGACACCAUUUACGAUUAUUGUUGGCAUCCUCUCAUGAACUCCUGUGACCCAGCCUCCUGCUUUGUCGCCAGCAGCAGCAGAGACAACCCCAUUCAUGUUUGGGAUGCCUUCACCGGAGACCUCAAGGCUUCUUACCGACCCUAUAACCAUUUGGAUGAGCUGACGGCCGCUCACUCGCUGUGCUUCUCACCGGACGGAUCUCGCUUGUUUUGCGGGUUUGAUAAGAUGGUUCGGGUAUUUGACACUUCUCGGCCUGGAAGAGACUGUGAAUGUCGCCCCACUUUCCAGAAGAAGCUGGGUCAGCCGGGGAUCAUCUCCUGCAUUGCGUUCAGCCCGGCUCAGGACAUAUACGCCUGCGGCUCGUACUCCAGGUGUCUGGGCCUCUACUCCUACGAGGAAGGGGUGACGCUGGCCGUCCUGCACGGCCCCAUAGGAGGGGUCACCCACCUGCUGUUCUCUGCGGACGGGCGCUGCGUGUUCUCCGGGGGUAGAAAGGACCCAGAGAUCUUGUGCUGGGACGUCCGUCACCCCGGGCAGGUGCUGACCUCCCUGAGGCGCAGUGUGACCACCAACCAGAGGGUGUACUUUGACACGGACAGCUUGGGCCGGUACCUGGUCAGCGGGGACACGGAGGGCGUGGUGUCUGUCUGGGACAUGUCCUCUCCGCCGGUGGAGGGCGUGUUGUCGCCAGCGCUGCAGUUCCAGGCACAGACGGACUGCGUCAACGGCGUCAGCCUGCACCCAUCUCUACCCAUCCUGGCCACGACAUCGGGACAACGGAAGUUUCCCGAGUCAGAAGACAGCGAAGAUGAGUCCCAUCAGGAAGCAGAAGGAGCGAAACGCAGCAGAGCUGGAGAGAACGCGCUGCAGCUCUGGUGGUGCGGAGGCAGCAGCAGUGAUGCCAAGUAGUGGGGCACAGCCGGAGAGACAUUGUGCUGCCACAUAGAGGGAGACAGGGAGAUUCCCUCCGUUUUUGUAUUUCUGGGUAUUAUAUUUUGUACAUAUGUAUCCCCGUAGGUAUCUGUAAAUAUUUUAUACCUUGUGUACAGCCUGAACGCAAUAAAGAGUCCCGCACAAUUGUGUCCUGUUGCACAUUAUGGAAUAGGGGUGCAGUGGAG